UGACCCUUCUGGACACCUAAGGGUCAUUGUUUACGUCCAUCAUUGCCUGCCACUUGUGCCUGUCUGCUUCUUCACGUCGGCAGGGCUGCAGAGCUGUAAAAGGUGAGCAGAAGUCCGGGAAACCAUCACCUCACUGCACGCUCGACUUCUUCCAUCUUCCAGGGGGAAUACUUGCGGAUUUUCUUUAUGGACAAAUAAUUUCUCUGUAGUCAGUCAUGUACAGCUCCAGCUACUCUCGGGCCAAACUGAGCCCAGGGGUAAGGCACCUGAACAAGUCCAAAGCGAAGAGCUGCGGCUACUACAUGAGGAUCGUCUUCCUCUUUUCUUCUCUCAUCCAGUCGCUCAUCAUCGUCAGCUUGGUGCUUUUUGUCAUCUACGGACAGCCGGAGAAGACUGCAGCAGAUAAAAGGGUCAAGGAGCUGGAGCUGGGCUUCAAUAAACUGAGUGACAACAACAUCGAGCUGAGGAAGGAGAAAAGUAAGCUGGAAGCUCAGCUGAAGGCUCGCGCUGAGGAGAGAGCAGCUCUGGAGAAAGAGAUGGCGAAGCAGCAGAUUGAUGCCAACAAGACGGAGCAGGAUCUGAAGAAAAAGUCUGAGGACUGCAACAGGUUACUGAACCUAGCACGGCGCCCCCUCCCUCCGAUACAGCCCCAUAUCACUAGAAGCAGCACGAGCAGCGAGCUGAGUAAUCUGAAGAGACUCUACGAUCAGCAGGAGGCCAAGCUGGACGUCGUCAACUCAAACUUCACCCAGACGGUGCAGAAUCUGCGGGAUGAGUUAGACACAGCCGUCAAAGACCGAACGCGCCUCAACGACGAGGUGGUGGAGCUGCGGCGCGACAACACCUUUCUCAGGGAGCAGCACGCCUUGUACACCAGCAAGUGCAAAGAGGACUUUGCAAAUUCUCUAGAAGGCAUCACGACGGUGACCAGAGAAUUCUUGGACCGGAUUAACAAACUGUUUCCUCACCAGCUCACCUUUCACCUCACCUGCAGCAGCCAGCGGGAGCACAUGGACAAGAUCAAAAACAGCUGCACGAACCUGUCCAGAGACGUGGAGAACAAGUUCCAGGUUUAUCUCGACAAUGUGGGGAAAAUGGUGUCUGAAAUUCAAGAAAAGUCCAGUCAGCUGGAAGUGAAAAACAAACACUUAAUCUCCGACUUCGAGGAGUGUCAACGCAAUCACUCAGAGUUUGUUGAAAAAACGUCCAAACAGUCGCAGAUCGCACAAAAAGCUCAUGAUGAUAAGGUUGAGAAAUUACUGCAGGAGAAGGAAGAACUGAGACAACAACUGUCCAAUAUGAAGCCCGGCGCUAAACCUGCAGGCUUUCAGGCGUCCUCGCUGCAGGGCAGACACACUCCAACUAACUGGACUUCUGUAGGAAUAACCGGCAUCUUCAAAGCUCCAACGGUGAAAUGAAAUAAUGCGUCCUGGUGGUCAGAGAGAGGAGAGAGGCAAAUCCAGCCCACAGCGCUCAGGACGUUGUUUUUUAAAGCCUGUGUAUAUACUAGAGUGUGCAGAUGCUUUGCCUCCAUAUAGUAACUGCAUCGUGUGUUUUUGAACUUCUGCUCUGAAGCAUUGUACCCAGGUAAAUGUAAGAAGUAGGUGUGCAUGUGUCCUUUUGUGUGUCUCUCUGUGCAGGUAGAAAAACUGACUCUGGAAAAAUACUUUUGUUUGCUGACGAUGAAAUUUCGUCCCGCUGACAUUAAAAAUGUAACAAAGACUCAGACAACAGCUGCUCACUGGGCUGUGAGAAACAGACUAGUCUUAAAAUAGCAACUGUUAAGUGUCCCAGUGGCGAGAUGCUAACGUAGCCUGGAUGACAGUACAGACGUCCAUUAAGUCAUAAACACGUGGUCACGUCAGCCGAGUCGCUCGAAGUCGUAAACACUGGAUGUCAAAAAGAGGAAUCAUGAAUUUGACUGAAAACACUUUGUUUUGAUGAUCAGCUUAAAGAAAAGAAAGAAAAACAGCUGAGUCUUCAUGAACUGUCCCAGUUUCGGUGCUGUUUUCAGGCUUUACUGCUUCCUUUUCUCGUCAUAAGCAGGCUGAGCACGUCCGGUCUGUGGCAGGAAACAGAAGCCUGCUUUUAUGAUUAUUGUGGAUCCGUUUGGACAUGAAAAAGAUGUCAGGAAAACAACAGAAACACAGUGAAAAGUCGUGUUAUUUGCAGUGUUUUCAACUUCUGACUGAAGACUGUUUCAUGGCUACUAUUCAUGUAAAUACUGUAUAUUUAAUAAAAGAAUAAACAACCAUUUGAUGUUAA